AUGGAUACGGGUACUUGGGAUUUCCGGCACGGCGGUUGCGACGACGCCGCAGACCGGCAGCUGUCGAGACUUAGUCAAGACUUCUUGGCGAACCAUCCCGAGCUGGAGCUUGGCGGUGUCAAGGGCUUCGCUGUUGAGCGCCGGCAUCACAUGGAGGUCUUUGCUCUCCAUAGGCUUCCCGAGAGCAGGGUCAACCCCAUUGCCGACGUUGAGUUCACGGCCAUCCGCGGGCCGCAUGGCACCAUCCCCAUCCGUAUCCUCUACCCGUCUUCGGGGGAGCCCUGGAGGAAUAGCGGAAACGCAGGGGCGCUUGUUUACUUCCACGGCGGCGGAUACUCCACAGGGAGUGUGGACGAGUUCGAGAACGGCUUGAGACUUGUUGCCGAGCAGUCGGGGUGCCAGGUGUAUGCGGUCGACUACCGCCUGGCACCCGAAUUUCGCUACCCCAUCCAGCUGGACGAGUACUCGGCCGUGAUCGACUGGCUCCAGACCGAGGGCGGUCGGACCAGGGGCGUGCACCCCAGACGCAUUGCUGGGGGCGGUGACUCUGCCGGAGGGAACAUGACGGCCGCGGUAUGCCUGCGCCGGCUGGACCGGGGCGAAGAGCCGCUUGCUGCCCAGGUGCUCCUGUACCCCGAAGCUCGCCUUCCUUUCGACACCCCAGCGGCGGAAGAGAACAACUCUGGGUACUACCUGCAGUGCAACGGCAUCUUUGGCUUCGCCGACAAUUACCUGCCGCGUCCCAAUGGCCCCUCACCACUGGACCGAUAUGUCUCGCCUGGGAUGCAGCCUGCAGACCGGCUUGCUGGUCAGCCUCGUGCUGUCAUCUUCACCAAUGGGUUCGAUCCGCUGCGAGACGUCGGUAUCGAGUACGCGAGAAAGCUCAAGCUUGCGGGUGUCAAGGUUCGGUGGCACCACUACGACGACCUCACACACGGGUGGUUACAGAUGACAGCCUGGUCCAACGCGGCGCGGAGUGCCACUCUAGAGGUCGGUGAGGAAGUGCGGAGGCUGUUGUAUGGCGGAGGGGAAUAA